GCGGCCGCCGCCCGUGCUGUGCCGUGCCGUGCCGUGCCUCCCGCCGCGCCUCGCCCGCCCGCCCGCUCCCCCUCUCUCUCCCCGGCACUGCAGCAGAGGCUUCGCCGCAACGCGAAGCCCACACAGCCACUCGGGUCCGCCCCUCCUCUGGUCUGUCACGCUUGGCGGCUCCUCCGGGAGGCUCCUCGCUCCCUCCCGCAGCCCGACGCUGCAAGCAGGCGGCAGCGGAGGGAACCGGGAACGCCCCGCAGCCCAGCCGCGCCGAGCCUUCUCCGCCACCUGCCCCGCCGGUAAGUGAUGCUCCCGGCAGUCGGGCGGCUGCUGCUGCUCCAGGGCAACUUUUCCUCCCGCUUUAUUUUAUUUUUUUCAUGCUUUUGGCGGAGGACGCCUUCAACUUUUCCACGGGACUUAUAGAGGGUUUGCUUGCCGGGGAAGACGGCGAGGAGAGCUCUCUUCGGGGUUGAAUAUUAGAGCUUCGCAUGUACUUGUCUUUUGUCUAUUGACGUCCAACACACAACAGAUAUUGUAAACGUAUUCAGCAGGUCCCUCUGCAGCCUAACAGGAAUCCUUCUUUGAUACAAGAUGGAGGAAACAUACAAAGACAGGACUUCAUUAAUGAAAGGGGCAAAAGAUAUUGCCAAAGAGGUGAAGAGGCAAGCAGUGAAAAAAGUUAAUAAAGCUGUUGACAAAGCUCAGGAUGGCUACACACAGAGGUCCUACAACCGAUUCCAGGAUGAGGAAGAUGAUGAUGAUUACUAUGUCCAAGGAGGAAAUUAUGGUGUAGAAGCUAAUGAUGAUGAAGGAUCAAGUGAAGCAACUGAAGGGCAUGAUGAAGAUGAUGAAAUUUAUGAAGGAGAAUAUCAGGGAAUCCCCAACAUGAGUCAGGGCAAGGACGGCAUGGUGGCCUUAGGUCAGCCUAUACGUGAUGAAUAUAAAGAUCGUCAUGAACUGGAAACAGAGAGAAAAGCUGAUGAAGAAGAGCUAGCACAGCAAUAUGAACUGAUAAUACAAGAAUGUGGCCAUGGUCGUUUCCAGUGGGCCCUCUUCUUUGUGUUGGGAAUGGCUCUAAUGGCUGAUGGAGUUGAAGUUUUUGUAGUUGGAUUUGUGUUGCCCAGUGCUGAAACAGACAUGUGUAUUCCCAAUUCUGGAUCAGGAUGGCUUGGUAGCAUAGUGUACCUUGGGAUGAUGGUGGGGGCAUUCUUCUGGGGAGGCUUGGCAGACAAGGUGGGAAGGAGACAGUCACUCCUGAUAUGCAUGUCUGUCAAUGGAUUCUUUGCCUUCCUUUCAUCAUUUGUCCAGGGGUAUGGCUUCUUCCUCUUCUGUCGCUUGUUUUCUGGAUUUGGGAUUGGUGGAGCAGUGCCAACAGUCUUCUCCUACUUUUCGGAAGUGCUUGCUCGGGAGAAACGAGGCGAACACCUCAGUUGGCUCUGUAUGUUUUGGAUGAUUGGUGGCAUCUAUGCUUCUGCAAUGGCUUGGGCAAUAAUUCCUCAUUAUGGAUGGAGUUUCAGCAUGGGCUCUGCCUACCAGUUCCACAGUUGGCGAGUAUUUGUGAUCGUCUGUGCUCUGCCAUGCGUCUCUUCUGUAGUAGCCCUCACCUUUAUGCCAGAAAGCCCACGGUUCUUGCUGGAGGUUGGAAAACAUGAUGAAGCCUGGAUGAUACUCAAGCAAAUUCAUGACACAAACAUGCGAGCUCGUGGUCAGCCUGAGAAAGUCUUCACAGUUAACAGAAUCAAAACUCCAAAGCAGAUAGAUGAGCUCAUAGAAAUAGAGAGUGAUACAGGAACCUGGUACAGGAGAUGUAUUGUUAGAAUUCGCACAGAGCUAUACGGUAUUUGGUUGACGUUUAUGAGGUGCUUCAACUAUCCAGUGAAGGAUAAUACAAUCAAACUUACUGCUGUAUGGUUCACCCUGUCUUUUGGCUACUAUGGCUUAUCUGUCUGGUUUCCUGAUGUCAUUAAACACCUGCAAUCAGAUGACUAUGCAUCACGAGUGAAACAUUUCCGCAAUGAGGAGGUUUCCCAUUUUGUCUUCAACUUCACAUUGGAAAAUCAGAUUCACAGCAAUGGAGAAUACAUCAACGACAGGUUUAUUAUGAUGAAGUUUAAAUCAGUGACCUUUGAAGAUUCCCUUUUUAAGAAUUGUGUGUUUGAAGACAUUACUUCACUGAACACAUACUUCAGGAACUGUACUUUUGUGAAUACCACCUUCUACAACACAGAUCUUGAACAAUAUAAAUUUGUUGACAGUGAAUUGAUAAAUUGCACGUUUUUCCAUAUCAGAACAGGAUGUCAGAUUUCUUUCGAUGAUGACUACAGUGCCUACUGGAUCUACUUUGUUAAUUUCCUUGGAACGCUUGCAGUCUUACCAGGGAAUAUUGUGUCUGCUCUCCUCAUGGAUAGAAUUGGACGUUUAACGAUGCUAGGUGGUUCUAUGGUUCUGUCUGGCAUCAGCUGUUUUUUCCUGUGGUUUGGGACCAGUGAAUCCAUGAUGAUAGGUAUGCUAUGCCUCUACAAUGGCCUCACCAUCUCAGCAUGGAACUCUCUAGAUGUCAUUACUGUGGAGCUGUAUCCUACGGACAGAAGGGCAACAGGUUUUGGAUUUUUGAAUGCACUAUGCAAAGCAGCAGCUGUACUUGGAAACUUAAUAUUCGGUUCUCUUGUUGGUAUCACCAAAGCAAUCCCUAUUCUCCUUGCUUCUACUGUUCUAGUAUGUGGAGGUCUGGUAGGACUUCGGCUUCCUGACACAAGAACCCAGGUGUUGAUGUAACUGGAAAAAGCCAUUUUAUUUCCUUCUUUGUACAAAUGUCAACUCUCCUGACUGAUGGUGCAAAGGCUUCAGAUUCUCAACACUUAGUAGAGUGCUCAGAUGUCAAAAAUCAAACUCAAAAGAUACUUUGGAGUGGCAGAGAUUUAGAAACUUCUCUAUGAAAGUUUUAAAUUUCACUUUUGUUUGCUUGCAUACAUUGCUACUCAAAACCACAACUUCAAACUGCUAAGCUACCUCUUAAAACACUUUCAGUGGCAUGUCCAGGAAGGUUAAAACCAUACUGAUAAUUAUAUAUUUAAAAUGCAAGCAGUCAUAUUAUUCAAAACUACAUGCUAAAUUUGGCCAUGGCAUUGUGAGCUUUUGUAACAGUACAGACACGCAAAUCAAUUACUUAGCAGUAUUGACGCAGAGAAUGUUAAUCUUAACAUAAUAAUGCAUGCAGCAUUAAUCAAGAAACUCUGCAGACCACAUCAUUACUGAGAAUACUGACCUUUGGCAGAUGUGCUUAGAUGGUAAAAACUUGUGGCAAUGCCUCUUUCUUGGGAAACAUUUUUAGGUAGAUUGAAUCUUAAGAUUACUAACUAUAACCUAUAUUUGCUGAGGAGAAGGUAGCAGCUAUUACAGGAAGAUAAAAAGCCCAUAUGGGUGGGCAGCAAAGAGAAUAACAAAAUAAGUAUUUUUACUCUUUGGUGCUGACACUCCGUAAAAAAAAUGUUUUAUUCUCAUCUGGGGCAUCUGGAAUAUCUUUGCCAUUUUAAAACAGUGAAUUUUUCUUAAUGCAGGUCUGAAUUAAUACAAAUGUUUAUGCUGUUGCAAGUAAGAAUAAAGCAAGAAUCAGGACAGCAUACUAUGUGAAAAAUAAAAUACUUCCAGAAAAGUUUGGUUUAUAUGUAUGUUUGUAAUACAUUUUUCUUUGUCACAGAAUGGUUAUAAACACAUGUGGCUGUAGAAUGCCACCUAGUAGAUUUAGUCAGGUCAAAACUUCAAUAUAGGCUAUAAUGUAAUUAAAACAUCUCAAAAGUGGUUUGGUUUGUUUUUGUUUUUUAAUAAUAUCAAAACAAAGAAAAGCAAUAAUCAAAAUCGAUUUCAUUAUUCUCACAGUUUAUACUUUAUUUAACUGUUGUUCUCAGAUUUUUAACAGUUCCAGGGAUGUAUCACCAUUUAAGACUUUCAAAAUAUCUCUCUGAAAGCCAUUAAGAAUGAAGCCAUGCCAAGGCUGCAGGGAGUGGUAAUGUCUUUAUUAGACCAAGUGCAAGGAUGGAGAGUAAAUGGUAGUAAAUAUAUUUCUUCUAAGCCAUAUGCUGUGGACUGUUUUGGAUUACAGUAAAGAGUUCCUCACCAGUCCUACUGUUGUGCAAAAGGUUAUGGGAUGUCUUUAAAAUGUUAGCAUUAAAAAUUAAACAGAAAUACACCUAUAAAAUUAGCAGACAAAAGGGGCAGAUACUUUGAUGACAGAAACUGGCAUUGCUUUCAGUGGAACUAAGACAGCUUGUAUCAGCUGAUGAGCUGUCUGAAGUUUCAAGUUUCAAAGAAAAAAUUUGGUAUAAAACAUAAGGGAAAAUUUAUCAGUAUUUUUUCCUAAUUAUGUCUGACAACAUUUAUUAAGUGAUUGAAUCAUUGCCAAAGAAAUUGUGAUUUCAGAUAAGGUCGUUAUGUAGUAGGAUAGGUUUUUUUCAUGAAUUUUUCUCUUGCUCAUAUAUAUGAACUUAGCUUGGGUAGUAAUAUCUAUCACUACAUUCUGUGUCAGUCAUCAUCUUAGUGGUAUUGAAAGAGUCAGUAAAAGUACACAUAAGAAGACAAUUCAUGAAAUUUAAAGUUCAUUGUUUAGUUUAACAAUUCUAGAAGUUACAUUUUUCAGUUAUUAACAAAUGCCUGUGCUAUGCAUUGCAGCACCAAAAUGUUAGCCCAAGAUGUGGUUUGCUACUAUUUACAAAUGAGAUAAGUGACUGAAUUCCAUGAGUAUGGAAAACUAGUGGGGAUUUUUUUGAUGUUGGUAAUUUAAAUAUGAUAUAGUUAGAAAAAAAAUUUAGGAAGUGUGUUUAUUUUGUGAUAUAAGCAGUCAAGAUAUUUGAGAUGAAAUAUUUUAUAUUUAAAUCUGACUUAAACAUGACUUUUAAAUUUCUAAACUAUGUUUAAAAAAUUUUUAAAAAAAAGAAAAAAAAGACAAAUAAUUAUUUUUCAGCAAGUUCCAAGUUAAGAGCAAAAUACUGGCCUUAGUUUUGCAUCUGUGGCUUUUGUCAUAGGCUUAAUAUUAUUUCAAGGCUCUUUUCUCCAAUAAUAUCUGAGCCCUGUUUCUCUGUGCCAUUCAUUAGUAGCUUGUGUCCACCUCCUUGUAUGUACUGCACAACUUAUUUUGAAAUCUGAAGCCUCUGUAUGUGUUUGGAGUAAACAUAAACAGCAAUGGUAAUAUUUUACAUUGUCUUGCUAUGCACUAUCCACUUAAAAGUAGUAUAUUCUGUCCAUCUCUGUAUGUAAUUCUGAAGAACAUCCAGAUCCAACACUUCACACCACCUGGCCAGUGUGGAAGAAAUGGGCAACAGAAAAAUAAGGUUCAACUUUUGCAGGCUAUGGUUCAAGGCUAACACACUAAAAUCUCGUCACAUGUAAAAUUAUGUGAAUUUUAAUGCUGGUUCUUAUCCUAAAUCAUGUCAUUAAAUUUGGAUGAAGUGGAAUAUAGAAACAACAGGAAUUGGUAAAGACAAACAAAAUUCCCAGUAGGAAUUGCACUUCCUUUCUGCAUCUACUCAUAUCUAACACAGAGAGUCACUUAGUGGCCGGUUUAGAUCUCUUAUACACCACAAGGAACACAACUUGAUAACAUGUGUGUGUCAGAGCUAUCAAACUGAUAUAAUCAAUACUGCUUGUUUAUCUGUUUGGGUCACUGAACUGACUGACCACUUAUCAGAAACUCUUUUCAGUCUAAAUUGAAGCAGGAUUUAGGGUCUAGUGCCAUUCAGUAAAGCUGAAAGGCUCAUCCCAAUGGCAGCAAUGACAAGAAGUACAAUAGCCCCUGAAGACAGAGAAGACCAACAACUAUUAGAAUAGUAUUAACAAUGAUGGUCAACUAUUGUAAAAUUUAAAAUUUGCCAAAGAAAUCUUAUUUUAAUUAGUUUUACUCAUUACAGGUUGUCUGAUAGUAGAGCUUGACUUAGCAGACUCCUGUUUCUUGAAAGAAUCUUAUCCAUGGUGUUUGCACAUUUUAACCAGAUUUGCUAUGUUCAUGUUAGUCCCUUCUUGGUUGGAAGCAUACAUUACAACAUGUCAUAUGCAUUGCAUUGAUUGCUGAGUGUGGACUCCUAGCAAGGGAGUCAGGCCUAGGUGUUCAAGAUUUCUGGAGUGAUGAAGGGGAUGGCUAAUGAAUGGUGUAUUAGGAAGUCUUCUUCCUCUAUGCUUCAUUUUAGCCAGUGCCCUUCCAGAAAUGUAUACAACAAAACUGCGACACAGGUGGAAAAACAUUAGCUCUCCUUCCUGAUGGCUCCAGUAGUCUACUCUUUGUUCAUCAACUUAGCAAAGUGGGGCAGAGUAAGUCUGCUAACUCAAGCUCUGCUCUGUUUCUCUUUGUGCCAUUCCAUUCGUGCCAUCCCAAAUUGCUUUUCUCACCAGAGGGCCAGUGUUAAAACCCACUGCUUGUGCUUUCACUUGCUUCUGACUUAUACUCAGUAAUAAGGUUUGCCACAUAUUUUUCUUAACUUGGUCAUGCCUUUUUAAACCAAGAUGGAAAGUGAAUUCAAAAGUCUUGCAGAGAAUCUCACCCUUUUAAGGCAGCCAGACUCCACAUUUCCUACAUAUCCAGAAGGCUGAACAGAUGCAAGUAGUGGUCUCCUCUCAGAAUGGCCCUUGUUGGGGUCCCUCUGCUCUGGGUACAGGUAUGUGGGAAUCUUAUUGUCUGUGUACCCAGCUCAGCUCCGUUUUGAGGAGAUGUUAUUCUCUAUUCUUGUUUUCUUCUUCUACCACUAUGGAGCCUUAUCUUUGUGCAACUGCUUUUGAGGCACAACCGAUGAUUCACAUUCUUAACAACAUAAUAUAAUCCUCAACACCCCAUAUAGACAGUUUCUGUGUGCUGGGCUUCCCCACUGUGAGUUUUGAAACAAUCUUCAUUAGUCAGAGAAAGAUGUUUACAUCCAGUCAAACCUCUUUACCUAAACAAGAUGAUAUCAUGCUAAUACAACCUACAAGCCAUAUUUCCUGUUUAAUAACCUGGAAAUGCAAUUGAAAUUUCCAUCACAAUGUUAAAAAAUGAAUCCUUGCACUCAUGGGGUCAAAGACUCAAGAAGUGGAAACACUCCACUUCCUGUGGAGUCCUGAAAGAAAACACGUGUUGGGUAAUCAUAUUCCAGAAGAAAACAUAUCCAAGAGACUGCUUUUCCUCUGCGCUUCCUGCCUUCUUGUUCAUUAAACUCACUGUAAAAUAUUAAGUAUUUGCCUGAAUUAAUUCUUUGUAAUGAUCCUAGUUCAGCAAAUGCAUCAUAAAAAGACAGACUUUUGCCUGCAGUAUGGAAGAAAGACAGGGAUCAGAUAGUGAUGUAGAAUUAGCAGAGACAUGAUAGCCACAAAAUCUGGAACUCAGUUCAGAACCUGAAUUACACCGAAAGCACCAAUUUGCAAUGCUAUUUGCAGAUGUCCCCUCAUCCAGUCUACAACCAGUCCCAGAGGCUGAAAUCAGCCUCAUUUGCUUUCUUCUAACGUUGAUAAUUUCAACCCAGUUAUGCAAAAUAUUUUUUGAUCCAUUAUCUACAUUUUUUGUUUUUGUUGCAAUGAUGAAUACCCAACUUCUUCCUGCAAAGUAAAGAUCGUUCAAUAUUAAUUUCUGCUCUAGAUGUGUAGUGUUAUAUCGAACUUCAUCCUCAUUCAGGACUUUUCUUUGGUGCAGUGGUUUAGCAUGUCAGAAACAGGAAAAAAAGACAAAAUGGUCCCGAUUGCUUAACUUUUCUUUUUCAAUAGCAGGUUAAAUUAUUUCCAAAGAGUUUGGCCUGUAAUAAGUAGGCAUGCUUUCUAGCCCUCAGACUACAUCCCGUCCAACUGAAAAAUAAUAAAGCAGUAACUAUUGGCAUGCUUCUCCUACAACAUACACAAACACUAUGUUUACUAGGACCAAAAGGCUUAGGAAAAGAAUGGGGAAAAACACAGGUGUAAUAUUUUUCUAGGGUUGCAGUUUUAAUCAUCUUCCAUGUUUGACAAAGGUCUAGAACAUAUUGCUCACUUCUGACCAGUACAGAGUCCAAUAACUAAAGAUUGGAGAUUAUUUAGCAAAAGCAUUUGGAUGAAGAUGACCCGACACAAAAGUAUUGUCCUUUCCCCCCAGGGUAUUAAUGAAUGCAUAUUUUAACGUCACAUAACAAGAAGAUUUGUAGAGAUUUUGCCCCCACUCUGGCCAUCAACAUUUCUGAGCUGUAACCAGACACAUCAGUCUGCAAGAAAGACAGAGAAAUUGCUGGCAGGCUGGUUUUCGUCACUCUCUCCACAGCUAGCCACCUAAGCUCAUUUCUCUGGGAUCCUAAGGAUCUGCUUUUUUGCUCAGCCUCUUACUUUCUAAUUUUGGACAUCUACCACCUGCCACUCAGUUUUCACCAGUAAUCUUGACCAAGUAGGUUGAAGCUACUUACUUACUUGGGCAGCACCCAUAACUCAUCCCAAACACAGUACUCUUUGAGUUUGAUGUGUUCUUUCAGUUUCAUCUGCUGUCUAGAGCUAGAUUUGACACCUAGCGUUUCUCUCUGCAUCUUUUCUAAUCUUUUCUGCAUCUUUUCUAAUCUGUAAUAUAUGUUUUCUAUCCUCUUAAUGUCUGCUUUGUAAAUAUAUGCCUGUCCCCCACUGGCUCUUUAAAAAAAUACAUUUGUGGAUCUUGUGUAGGCCUGUCUCACCCAGAUAAAUGUGAUCCUUCACAAGAAGAGGGCGAGGAUCAGAUAGGAUCAAACUGAAUGCAAACCAUGAAGAUAAGGAUUUCAAGACCUAGGCAUCAAUUUUAUUUUUGUCAGCUGUUUUCCUUAAAUCGUAGCCUGCAGUGAUAUAAUACUGUACACUGUAAAGAAGUACUGCAUGGUUAGAGGUGAACACAUAUAGAGACAUGUGUGGGUAAGUAAUACACACAUAUACACACACACACACACCUUCUUAUAACACAGGUGUAUAUAAGACUUACGAACCAUAUUCUUAUCUCAUUCUUUAUGUCACUGUUACUUUUUGCACUAUGCAUUAUUAAUUGAACACAAAAAACAUCCUGCUCCAGGUCUUAUGCAGAACUCUUUACUUAUUAAUGUACAAAAUUGUUGGGAUGACAAGAUUCCUCUUAGCUGACCAUUAGCUUUCAAUCACUGGAAGGGAAAUCCUGAAAUGGUCUGAAAAAUCAGCUCUGACUUAGCUGUAUCCUUCACUCUGCCACACUGUGCCAAACAGCAAAACAGCACAUCAUGCAAAGGCACUGGUCAUAUUCCAGUGACUAGGAGACAAAGCACUCUCAGAUACAUAAAAUCCUAAAAGCUAUUAAUUUUGUCUUAUUCAAUUAGAAGUCCUUCAAAAUAUUUCAUGGGGAUCUCAGCAGUUUUACUGCUGUGUAUGUACAUAUGUAUAUAUGAGAAAAUGUCUGUGUCUUCCUGUAUUGUAUGUUUUUCACUGUUACUGUAUACAUAGCUGCUGUUGUUCUAGUAAUGUGCCUAAACAAUUGUUUGCUGCUGUUCUUAUCAGCGUCCUUUGACCAGCCUGAAACAGAGCCAUUGCCAGGAUGUCUGUUAAUGAUUAACACCCAUGAAGAUCUUCUAAAGUAAUUAGUGCUGUAUAAAGUAAUUGUGUCUAUAAUUCAAGCAAGUCCAGGGUGUAAAGAGCAGCACAUGCACACAGAGCGGUGAGGGUGGAGAGAGUUCUUUCAAAAGCUCUGGCAUCUACUACGUUUCUUCUUCGCUCUUUGCAGGGUGUUCGCACUUUGCAGUGUGCUUCCUCUGGUGGGUGGCAUGCAUACAUGCUACAGGUGAAGAAAGCAGUAGAAGAAAGGGUAUAUUCUUUCCACAAAACUUAAGAAUGUGUAUUUGCUAUGGGAGUGUCAACUCUAUAUUAAGAUAAUUACAAACAAUCACACCAACCAACCAACCCACCUAAGCAGCUUGCAAUUUUUUUUUUAAUUAUUUUUUUCCCCAUGUGUUCCAUGAGUUGAUAUACUGACUAUCAAUUUAUACCAAACCUUUGGGAGAAGACUAUGAAAGGGUAGCAAUGCUCACUUGAUAGUACUUUUGGAAAGUAGUGGGUCUUUCCAAAAGGAAGACAUACUCACUGAGUGAGACUAUAGCAUAUAGUUUCUAACUGUGAUCACAAAUUGACAGUCUUAAGUAGAAAAUUGCCAUUCAGAUUCAAAGUAGCAGUAGAUAAUACUACAUUCUAUGAAGAAAUUUUUAAACAGAGAUUAAAAACAAUGGCUUAGAAGGAAAAAGAUAAUAUUAAAAUCUUGAGAGUGAUCUUACAAAAAACAACCUCCCACCACCUUUUUUAGACAAAUCCUACAGUUUUUUCCCAGUUUCUUUGUUCCACAGAUCUCUUCUGACAUGGUGACUGAUUUCAUCAGCACUUCACUAGUGAAAUAAAAGGUUUUACUGACAUUAGCAACAAAGAUGAGAGCAGGCAUAAAAUCAGCACUGUAGGAAAGCUAGCUCAUUUACAAAGAGUUAAAGAAAAAUGCACCAACCUGCUAGUGGCUGCUCUUAUUAUCUUUCGUAGUGGUUUAGGAUUCUACAAAAUGUUAUAUGGAACUAGUAUUGUGUGGGUAAGCUGAUUCCUGUUUAAAUCAGUGGAGCAAUUUGCAGGAUCAGGAUAUUAGCUCUCUAGGUCAACAAUAUUAAAUAUGUGGUUGUGUAUACUGUCACACUGGAAUUGCUCUUGUGAGAAAAAGGUGCUCGUUUAGCCCUUCUUUUUGAUGUUAAUUUUAAACUGGCUAUUUCCUAUGAAUGCAAUGUUCCACAAGCAGUAAAAGGGAUUUUAAUAGUAUCCCAUGCUGCAAGUCUAAUUAAUAAACUGACAGGUUAUUUUAGCCAUUUUCUACAGAAUAUUGUAUUAAAAAUCCUAAUGAAAGCUUUCAAAAAAUUUGCUGUAUUACCUUCAGCUGUGUAACAUUGUGACAGUAGAAUUGUAUCUGGUGCUUGGUCUCAAACACCAGUGACAGUGCACUGUACAUAAUUAGAUUUUUUUGUUUUAAGUAGACAGUUUCCUUUGCAAUGUAAUGACAUACGUGCAGAAGUCAAGUUUCAAGGCCUACUAACAGUAGGGCUCUUUGCCUUCACUGUAAUUUAUUGGUGUUUUCAGGUUACUGAUUUUCUUAAAAACUUGUUAGCGUCUUCUAAUAUUGAUCAACAAAAGGGAAGCAAAUAUUCUUUCCUGGUUUUUUGUGAGCUAUUUUCUGUUCCAAAUUUCUCCUGCUAAACUUCUACUCAGAUUGCCAACUGGUAUGAGUCAACUGGGAGCACAUUUUCUUCAAACCGUCUUUAGUGUACAAAAGUACACGUGUAUUAGUGCGCAUGUGUUGUUGAGAAAAUCAUAACCAUUCUGACAGUCUGCAUUUCUUAAUGCAAGGAAACAUGUACAUAUUAUAUAUACAGUAAUGAGCUACUUUGAAGUCAAAUUCCCAUUUAUACGUAUUUACUUCCAGAUCUGCUAAUCUACAACAAGAUCUUGGCAAUGGUCCUUACCUCUCUGUUCCUUUCUUUCUUUGUUUUCUUUACUGCUGUGUGUGAUCUCCUGUAAAGCGGGUUACAGUCAUCACUAUCGUAUACAUGUGUUUGCAUGUGUGUGCCUUGAUAAAUUCUCUGGUUUGGAGUUCUGAAUUUUUCUUUUCAAGUCCAGCUGGUACUAUUGUGAAAUCCUCUUUCCAGUAUGCUCCUCUGUGUCAGAUUGCCAACUUCCAAAAUGUUUGACCAAGUGUUUUGAUUAAGUCCCCUGAGGAAAACUGUCUGUAUACUUGUCAAAGGGCAUGCUUUGUGUAGGAGGACUGUGUAAAGUAUAAAUCUAUAAAAUGUGGAAGUGUUUAUAAAUUUAUCUGCCAAAUAUUUAUCAUCCUUGUAACAAAUGCAAAGCUAUUUAGUGUAUAUCAGAUUAAUAAAGGGGCAUUUUUUUUCUCCAUUAUAUUCAAAUAAAUAUUUGUUCUCUGCAAUGAAUA